UGGCCCUUCCCCUUAUCUCCUCUCUGUCAUCCUCUUGGUUCUCUUUUCUUAAAUCCAUAGCAUCCACCUAAAUCUUCAUCCACUUCCCAUUUCAGGUGCCAAUGGAUCUCCACUCUGACAAAAGUAACAAGCCCAGCUCUCACUCCCAACACCCUAAGCCUUCCUCUUCAGAUCUCCUCUCCAGUGCCAAGGUGGUGGGUGAAGCUGCCAUGUCCACCUUCCACCAUGAGACUGAAAAGGUCAACAAGGCAAAGGUGGCCGAUGCUGCUGCUGACUUGCUCGGUGCUGCCUCUCAUUAUGGAAAGGUCGAGGAGACGAGCUUCGGAAAGUAUGUGGAGAAAGCUGAGGAUUAUCUCCACAAAUACCAUUCUUCCAACUCACCCACUGGUGAGGUUCACUCGAGCAGUGAAGCUCACCACAUCCAUGAAUCUACUGCCACCACAGUCCACAAUUCAGCUCACUCCACCCAUCCACCCACUACUACCACUAUGGAGCACCAUUCUUCUUCAGCUCACUCGGGCGACGAGGCUCAGUCAGAGGGUGGCUUAGGGGACUACAUCAAGAUGGCCGAGGGGUUCUUGAAGAAGCGCUGAGUUCUUUCCUUAGGUUCCUGUAUAAAUUACUAUUGGCGUAUCAUCUAUAUGUUUGUGGUGUCAAUGUGUUUCAGGACAUUCUCUUGUGUUAAUGAUAUAUUUGCAGUUGUGUUCGCUUAAUCUUUUGUUUUUCUAUAUCCAAUUAUUGGAUUGUGUUUUCUGUUUCAGGUUAAUAAAAGAAUGUUUUAGAUAGUGAUA